AUGCGGCGAUCGCGAUACAGCGAGGAAAGCGACCAGCAUGAGCAAGAUGGCAUUCCUUUACACCACAAGCGCCCCUUCGGCGCCGGGCUGAAGCGCAAAAAGGUCGAAUUCGUGCGGGCGCAAGACUCAGACGACUACAUUUCUACCUUGCCGUCAACCCGGCCAACCAGCUCCAUCGUCGGCGACCUGUACGCCAACAUCGUCAUGGGAAACGCCUCCGCGUCGGCGAAGAACUCGGACAAGACGGGCAGCGACAGUUCGGGGCCCGGAGCUGCCCCCGACAAGACGCCCGUCGCAGACGAGGCAGUGACGUGCCCCGUCUGCUCCUUGCCCAUCACGACGACGGUCGAGGCGCACGAGGCGUCGCUCGCGCACCAGGUCAGCGUCGAGCACUCGCACCCGCCGUCGGCGCUGGACCGGACGCGCAUGGGCCUGCGGGCGCUGGCCGCGCAGGGCUGGGACCCGGACGCGCGGGUCGGGCUGGGGCGCGCGGGCGGCGAGGGCACGCGGUACCCGAUCAAGGUGGCGGCCAAGGACGACGUGCUGGGCGUGGGAGCCACAGCGCCGGAGCCGGCGAAGAAGACGGCGCAGCAGAGGGCCGAGGAGGAGGCGCGCCGCCAGCUCACGACCAAGGAGCGCAAGGCGCGCGGGGCGGAGGAGCAGCGGCGGGCGGCGCGGUUGCAGGCGGAGAUUUACGGGCGGCAGGACCUGGACAAGUACUUGAAGGGGGACGGCAAGGAAUGGGAGUGA